AUGCACCGGCGACUCAGAGCGCUCCGCGAUCUUGCGAUUGGGACCCUGAAAUGGUGUCUCAGCUACGGUGACGUUGCGCGAUGGAAACCAUGGAAGGAGACCAUGACGACGGCUGGCAUUAUCCUCCUCUGUCGCGGAGAUAGAAGUGGAGAGCGCACUGGGGGACCUUUCUGCGACUAUUUGGUGGAUAUAAGGGCGAUAGCGGCUCGCAGAACCCAGAAAUUUAAAAUCGGGAAGAUAUCAUCGCGACGUUUCUCCGGGCCCACUGACGCCUUACUCGUUUCUGUCCAAGCGAUCUUUCCCACCGAGACAUCACAUGCGGGCGUCCGUCUCUCUACUGACACUGGCCCCCGCCCCAGUGCGUCGGGCUUUCCUUCCUCCAUGACGAGAGUCAUCCCUCCCUCCGACUCGUCGAACCCGUUUGCCCCGCCGGGCCAGUCGGCCGCCGACCUCUGGCUCGAGCGCUCCAAUCUUGACGGCUUCGUCCUCUCGGGCGUAGGCUACGGCAUCCUCGCCACAAUCGCCUUCAACACACUCGCAUUGUUCGUCCGGCCUAAACCCGGCAGAUCCCGCGAACGCGGCUUGAUCAUCUACGUCCUGCUGACCUUCGCGCUCGCAACGGUGGCGUUUGCAACCAACGCGAAAUUCAAUGAGAUGCAAUAUGUUGACGAUCGGGGGAUCCCUGGUGGCCCGAACGCUUUCGGCGCGUUAUAUUAUAACUCGUUUUAUAAUAUGUUUGCGUUCAUUGCCACUGAUGUUUCUCGGGCUCGUCACGUUCUCCGUGCUCCUCGUCGUCUCGCUCUUCCUCAUUGCUUCGCCCUUCUGGGCCGACCUGAGCGAGCGAUUCGGGAUCUGCUAUUGGUCGCUCUCGAUCGCGCUCAACAUGACCGUCACAUGUGGCAUUAUCUGGCGGAUCUGCGAGCGGGCCGGAGAAUACAAGUGGCCAUGGGCGAGGAGCAUGCCUAUGCGCGGCGCUACGUUGGCAUCGCGGCGAUGCUCAUCGAGUCCGCCGCACUGUACGCCAUCUGGAGCUUGAUGUUCUUGAUAUGCUAUGCCCGGAACACCCCGCUGCAGAACAUACUGCUGUCUUCGCUGGGGCAGGUUCAGGCGCGUUUGCAAACCUUUAUUCAACUGAUUCUCUCUCAUAACCCCGAACAGGGAAUUGCGCCACUCCUCAUCCUGUUCCGCGUCGCCCAGGGCAGCGCGUGGACACAGGACACAGGGAAUGUCAACGCGAGCAGUGGCCCACUGACUUUCCAUCAGUCGCCGAACAUCAACGUCUCUGGCAUCGGCACGCGCUCCGCCCGGUCGUUCCAGCUCGGCAAUCUGUCGCAUGCCGCGGCGGCAUCGUCCGCUGAGCGGGGCGACUGCGAGUCGAUGUACUGCGGGCGGCCGUCAUUCACACUGGACGACAGCCAUGAGCAUCAUGAUGGGGACAAGAUGGGCUCUGUGUAUGGGCCGGCGACGAUUGAACAAGCGGAAUCGGAGAGGACUUGUUAUAAUAGAUAG